AUGAAAUACGCGUCUGUGAAUGCGAAGUGUCCCUCGUAUAACGAAAAACACGCGUUAUAUGUUGGAGCUCACACCGGUUCAUUCAAACUAAUCAAUACACACGCUGACGACCCUUUCCAACAACUAAAUCUUCAACCGAUUGAGGUUCUGAAUAAAACAUCGAAGAUUACAUGCAUGGAAUUUGGUAAUGCCGAGCGAACAGAGUUGCUCAUCGGACGUGCGAAUAGAUGUGUAAAGGUCUUCAGCUGCGCCAAAGAAGAAAGCAUAUCCAACUUUGAGAUUGGUAGCGCUGAUGUCGUAGGUUUGGGGCGAAGCAAUGGAUGUAUCGUGGUCGGAUGCGCUGAUGGCACAGUGCAAAUCGUCAAAUACCCUGAACCAGUUAAGUUUAAUGUUGGUGAAAAUCUCUCUCGGUUACGGCUCUGUCCUGAUGACGAGAGGCUUAUGGUAACCGGGGGAAAACUGUUAAAUCAAAUUGUAAAACUCUGGGACUUAGAGACGCAGAAAGUUCUGUUCCAAGCAAAAAAUGUUAAGAAAGUGCUUGAAUUAGAGCAACUUGUUUGGGACAACGAUGUCGUAUUUGUGAACCGCAAUCUAAUUGCGGCUUGUUCCCGUCAUGGAUACGUCCGUUUGUACGACACAAGAGGGCCAACGAGACGACCGGUCCAAGGUUUCACAUCUUCAGACCCAGAUGAUCAACUGGCAUUUUCAUGUUUGGCCUCUCACGGUGAUUAUCUUUACGCUGGCACGACUACUUUUGGAGCGAGGGCAUUCGACUUGCGAAGAAUGAAAAACCAUAUUCAUGUAUAUAAAGGAUUCACUGGUACGGUAACAUCUAUCAGGGUUGAUCCUUCCGGAAAUCAUCUUUUUACGGGAUGUCUCGAUCGAUAUGUACGUGUUCACCAUGCCCACCGAACGGCUUUAGAGUACCGUUGCUACGUUAAAUCAAAACCGACACAGGUUUUGGGAAUUGAUUGGAAAGAACAACGGGCAGCGAAUGAGCAUAAUGCAGUUGAGAGUAUCGCUGAUGACGUUGUUCAUAUACUAUCCGAUCAAGACGGAUCCGAUGCAGAAUAUGAUCAAAUGUUUUCUAAAAUGCCAACAGUCAAUGAACCAACAAAGAAACGAAAGGCAGACAGCGAUGCAGCAAAUCGUAAACUACCUACAAAAGUAAAAAAAAUACCCUAA